UUGACAGCUAAACUAUUCUAUUUUCCUACACAUGUAUCACCCUAUGCGCUACCGCCUGUUCAUUGACAUUUGUCGGCAAACAAAUUUUCCCCAUUUGCGGUUAAAUCUCAAGUGCUCAUCCACUCAUCAUCACUCUUGCGUACGCGUGUGAAAAUCUGUGAAAAUGGUGAUUGCGAAAGAAAUAUUGACGGACUACAAGGAGGUCUAUGAAAAGGCUAUCAAAUAUGUUAAUGAGGAAAGUAAAAGCGAUCCACCCACAGAUCCGUUUCGUUCACAUUAUGCCGCACGCGAGUUACUGUUGCAAAUGAAGGAAAAUCUGAAAAAUGCAUUAGCCUCAAUUGUGGCAGAAGAGGCGGACGACGGCCGAGAUGAUUUCACUUAUGUUGUUUUGCUUGCAUUUGUGUGCCGUGACCUUGGACGUAUCUAUGUCUUCACCGACGAAGUUUCAACUGGUGAACAGCUGUUAGAAGAAAGUUUGUUAUUGGUUGAACCACAUAAGAUGAAACCUGAGGCUAUCAUACCGUAUGUGGGUGCACUCAAUGAGAUAGGCAUAGUGCAAGCAAAUCGUUCUGAAUACAAGAAGGCCUUUGAUACACUUAUCAAAUCAGAACAGGCAUAUAAAGAGUUUCUGAAAAGCAAUAGCACAGCUGUAUGCAUUACUGAUAUUUUCGGCACACCCGAUGAAGUUGAAGAGGGAAAGGGUCCAAAAGAAUUGGAGAGCUUGUAUACUUUGUGCACCUUUUACUUGGCACAAGUGCACGGACAUUUGGGUGAGCUGGAAAAGUCAGCGCAAUACUGUCAUUUAACGCUACGCCGGCAAUUAGAAUCCAAGACAUAUGAACCGAUAGAUUUUGCGCUAAACGCUGCCACAUUAUCACAAUACUUCAUUGGUGAGAAUAUGUUCAAAGAGGCGCGUCAUCAUUUGGCUGCCGCCACAUAUAUAAUGGCUGAACAUGAAGCCAGCAUGUUGACACCUGAGUUGACGGAACAACAGCGUGCCGAUGUAACAGAAACAUACAAACAUAGAUAUGCAGAUGUUGCACGUUGUUGGGCUAAAUACGGACUGGCAUUGCUUAAUGCUUCCAAAGAGCGUUUAUAUAAUGAUGACGACGAAAAAGUAACCAAAGAUGUGAAACGUCUCACUGUUGAUCCAAAGGCUUAUCGUUUUCCAGACUUAAAUAUAGAUGUGCACGAAAAUCGUGUUACAGCUGAUUAUUGUUUGACAUUUGACGACGCCAAACCGGUGUACCAUUACGUCUGUGACUGGCUGGACAAGGCGAAAGAAUACUAUAAGCCUGAAACUGAAGCGACCGAGUAUGCAAAAGUGAUCAAAGAUUAUGCCGAAUUAUAUCAGCAUAUCGCAUUCUUCGAAGAAGAACCGGCCAACCAAGCGAAAAUGCAAAAGCGUCGUGCAAAAUACUACGAAGAUUUACUUGAACUGCUCAACCCUGUCUUCUAUAUGGGUAUUUGCCGUGAGUGCUGGUAUGGCGCUGGUCUGUCAUAUUGUGCAAUUUUAGAUAUCAAAUUAGAUGCGUUGAAGGAACGACGCACACCGCAACCACAGGAUCUACAAAAGAUAAAUCAAACCUGUCAGCGUGCAAUUAAGAAUUUCCUUGAAUUUGUGAAAUCUUACCUGGACAAAGAUGGCGCAACAAUCAAAGCCAGCGCCGAUGCGGAGGAGCAACGUAACGUGCUCUAUGCCUACUUUCAUUUGGGACGCUUACAUUUCAAAAUGAUCACACCCGAUCUGAAUCUACAACUGGAAAAUAUGAAUAAUAGCCUCAAAUACUAUAAACUCUUUACGGACGAGUGUGCCGCUCGCAAAGAGGUGGCCGAAACACUGAACGCCGAAGUUGGCGUCUGUCGUGAGAUGGUCAAUUUGUUGCCGCUGAAAAUUGCCAAUAUUAAGAAACGUUUGCCAAAGUAGAUGAACAAGCCCUUCGAACUAG